GUUUACUGAAAAAAGGCAGGCAGGCACGCAGACAAGUGGGACUGUCGAAUACUGAGUUGAUGAAAAAGAAACAAGGUUUUCCACUUGGAUACAAAGUCUGAAGAAUAGAGGUCUGAAUAUUAUGCAGAAUCAUGUAACAGGUUCCCUGACAAUGACAAUAUGACGUGACUAAGAACAGGGAUUUAUCUGUGGGAAAAAAGCAAGGUCGUGGAUUCUGUGGGUAGGGAUUUGAGCUGAGUCCAGUACAAAGGCAACCAACAUCCACCUUGAGUUAGAACUACAGAGCAAGUGACGAAAAAGGAUUUGACAAGGUGUGAACUCUUUAUUUUUUACACUUCAGUGCUGGAGUAAAAGAAAUAGGGUAUUGAGAUCAGGUUUGAAUUCAUCCAUCAGUAGAAUGAAGUGGAUUUAGAUGACUCAAAGUCCAAACCAGAGCUCAGCGAAUAAAUGCCACCGUGCAUGAAUAUUAGAAAAGAGCACAUUUGAUAGAUAUGGAUUUAUUGUUAAAUUUGGCUGAUGACACACUGGAGUGACCGUCACUCUGUCUGACCAGUAGACCAAGUGGUUAUUAAUAAGUACUUGAAUAACAGUUGGAUACAUAUUAUAACUGGAUUCAGGUGCUGCCAACUUUAUAGCACACUGUGUAAAAUACAUUUCUAACUACAAGCCUGGUGUAUAUCAUUGGCAGGCAACGAGGGAAAUAACAGUGGAAUGUAAUAUGAUUGAAAUGAAUUUUGCAUGGUGGAAACUCCAUUAACCUUGAGAGGAGUGAGGUGUAGGAUCAUUUCGCUGCAUGAAAAACUGUGUGAAGACUUUUCAAACAUGUUUAAUACUGCUAUAACUUGGAUGUAUAACAGAGUGGUUGCAGGUUUGAAGAAUUUGCUUGUGCAGUUCUGAUGCCAAUGUUGUUUAACCUCAUUGGUCUAUUUUGACAAUCAUUUUUGACAGUUACCAGCCAAGCAGCAGGCCACCUGAGCAAGUGAGAAUAUUAAGUACUUUCAAUGUGCACACUAAGCUGUCAUUUAGAUAUACAUGUACCUGUAGACCUGUGCAUCCAUUAAAACUUGAUCAAAAACUGAAAAGAUUGUGAGGUGGGAUGAAGAGAAAUGAUCCCAUACAGGCCUGGAAGUAUAUACUAGUAGCAUUUCUGAAUGAAACUUUUCACUGAACAACACUUAAAAAGAUCUGUACUCAGAAGCCUGAACAAGUAGAAGGUUAAGUGAGGAUUUCUCAGGACCCUGAUAAAGAAGUAAGAAAACUUGGCAUUACUAGCACUGUGUUGACAUCUACUUGCCAUGAAGAAGCUGUCCAGACUGAAACAGUAUCUGCUCAGACGGCUGGAUGUUGUUGUGCAGAGAGGGUUAAGGGAAGAUGAUGGAAAACCAGGCAAACAUAAGUCGUAUGAUGAAUUGGCUGUGGCAAGAUACAGUGACAUACCAGAUGACAGGAAGGGGACCUGUUUUGUGGAGUUGUUUAAAAAAGAAGGCUGCAGCUUAGGACUUACGGUGUCAGGUAAGUUCUAACUGAUGAAAAAAUUUGCAGAAA